CGCCCUCGCUCCCGCCCUUAAGAAAUGUGGUGCCCGCAGUAACUGCUGGUGAAGGCUAUCAGCGCCUGGCUUGAUGACGUAGAAGAGGUGCGCCGCCGGAUGAAGCGAGCGCGGGGGCACGGCUCAGGUCGGGAGAACUUCUGGGCGGGUGGUUUCGCCAACCUUGAAGAAUCAAUGCUAUUGGCGUUCCUGUAACUCCUGUAUAUUAACACAGACCGAUCCUUGGGCAUGUUUGUCUGGAAACAUCUCAUCCUCUGUCCAGUAGGACUGGUUUGCAAAGAAGUGGGCGCGCUCAUCCGUGAAAGGAAAAAAAAAAUAUAUCCCUGGGGUGAACAAAGAGGUGUAGAGUAGGUCUGGAAUCUUUAUUUUAUAUACUUGAUAUUUUAUCAAAUAUGUCAAUACAGACUGCAAACUAGUUUUUGGGAUGCUUCAAGGAAAGCUACUUCCUUAAGGCAAAUGUUGUGAAGCUUGAUUUCUGGAUUUAGUUUCUGGAAGUAAUCCUCAUUUGACUGGACACUUGAUUGCUACAAUGGAUCAAAACAACAGUUUACCACCCUAUGCUCAGGGCUUAGCAUCCCCACAGAGUGCAAUGACUCCAGGCAUCCCUAUUUUUAGUCCUAUGAUGCCCUACGGCACUGGGCUCACACCCCAACCUGCUCAGAGUACCAACAGUUUAUCUAUCCUGGAAGAACAACAGAGGCAGCAGCAGCAGCAAGCAGCAGCACAGCAGUCCACUUCACAACCGACACAAGCACCAUCUGGUCAAACCCCACAGCUCUUCCACUCACAGACUCUCACGACUGCUCCUUUACCAGGAACCACACCUCUCUACCCCUCCCCAAUGACUCCCAUGACUCCUAUAACGCCUGCCACCCCUGCUUCCGAAAGCUCCGGGAUUGUACCGCAGCUCCAGAAUAUUGUGUCUACAGUAAAUCUUGGUUGCAAACUUGACCUAAAAACCAUUGCCCUUCGUGCUCGAAAUGCUGAAUACAAUCCCAAGCGUUUUGCUGCUGUAAUUAUGAGAAUAAGAGAGCCACGUACCACAGCCCUCAUAUUCAGCUCUGGAAAAAUGGUGUGCACGGGAGCUAAAAGUGAAGAGCAGUCCAGACUGGCUGCGAGAAAGUAUGCUAGAGUUGUACAGAAGUUGGGCUUUCCUGCAAAAUUCUUGGAUUUUAAAAUUCAAAAUAUGGUUGGCAGUUGUGAUGUAAAAUUCCCUAUCAGACUUGAGGGAUUGGUUCUUACACAUCAACAGUUUAGCAGUUAUGAACCAGAAUUGUUUCCUGGUUUAAUCUACAGAAUGAUCAAACCAAGAAUUGUACUGCUUAUAUUUGUUUCUGGAAAGGUAGUUUUAACUGGUGCAAAAGUCAGAGGUGAAAUUUAUGAAGCAUUUGAAAAUAUUUAUCCUAUUUUAAAAGGAUUCAGAAAAACAACGUAACAGUUCCGUGUGCUUAUUCAUGAAGCUGGAGUACAUUUUUAAAGGUAUUAAUUAUGGCACAGUAAUAACACACAUCAGGACUUGGAAUCCAUCUUCCCAGAUAGUGCCUCUUUCCCUGUUUUUCACGGGAAGGGAACAUAUCACUGUGUGUUUUGUCUGCACUAAAUUACUGUGCAUUGCUUUUCCGUGUUCUCACACAAGAAAAACAGUUUAUUUAUAUUUCUGGCUCUUAAAACGGCUAAUUUUUAAAAUCUGAGAGUCUUAUGCUGGCAAGCUGGCUAAACUGUAUUAUCCAACAUUUAAAACCCUGGUGUUACAGUAUUCUUUCAACCAUGGAUUUUAUAAUCAGAAAUGUUAAUUUUAUGCUUUUAGACCUACUUCCACAUUCCCUACAUUUCCAGUGUUCAGCAGGACAGAAACUUUGCUAGUGAAGACAAAUGGCUGUACAUAUUUCUCAUUUUGUGAAGCAAUUCUAAAUGUAUAAUUACUUGACUAAAUAAUUUGAAUAGUAAAAUUUGAGGUCAAUCUUUGCUUUUGCUGUUUUAAUGUGCUAACUGCAUGCAUAUAGCUAAAAUAACUUGAUUUUUUAUAAGAUUUUUAUUAACAAUCCCAGUAUUAAAGUAAUGUUAUUUGAAAUGUUCAAAGUUAUUUUUGUGUUGUUUCUUAGUGUCUUAGUUUGAGGCCUUUAUCUCAAAGAGGACCUACAGCUACAGUAUAACAGUUUUUCCCUCCAGUAUUAAGAGGAAGAAUGUGUUAAUGAUAGAAAUAGCUUUCUGUCUCCAAUUGGUUCUUUCUACUAUCAGAAAAAAAGAACAUGAAGCAGACCAGGUGCUGUACUAAAAGGGAACAUGAAUUCUGUAUAUCCAAAGCCCUCAUGUCAAAUUAUCCCACUCACACUACUGUAUUCCUAUUAGGUUGGAGUGGAAAGGGAUUUAUAUAUAUUUAAGUGCCAAAUAAAAAAGCAUUUCUUCCUCAUCCGUCCCUUAUAAAACAAGUAGGCGAAUUUCAGAUAUAAUUUCUCUUCAAAUUCCUUCCUUCCUUCCUUCCUUCCUUCCUUCCUUCCUUCCUUCCUUCCUUCCUUCCUUCCUUCCUAUUUAUGGUCAAUUCCUGUAGAAGAGGUUGAGCCAUUCAGUGCCAAAAUGACAAGACUUUACCUCCAUCCUAUUGUUUUCAGUGUAAAUUGAUCUAAAAUUUCAAUAAACCAUAAUGAGUGAUGUCAGACCACAGCCAAUAAAAA